UCGCCAUGCCUUGCGCGUUCCCGCGGGCGGCGGGGGAAGGUGGCGGCGGCGGCAAGAUGGCGGUGGCGGGCAAGGGAGUGGUGUCGGCCGCCGUGAAGCCGAUCUUCAGCCGGGACCUGGGCGAGGCGAAGCGGCGAGUCAGGGAGCUGUAUCGGGCCUGGUACCGCGAGGUGCCCAACACGGUGCACCUGUACCAGCUGGACAUCACGGUGAAACAGGGGCGUAACAAGGUGCGGGAGAUGUUCAUGAAGAAUGCCCACGUUACGGAUCCACGCGUGAUAGACAUGCUGGUUAUUAAGGGCAAAAUGGAGCUUCAAGAAACCAUUCACGUCUGGAAGCAGAGGACUCACGUCAUGAGGUACUUCCACGAGACGGAACCCCCGCAACCUAAAGACUUUCUGUCCAAAUUCUAUGCGGGCCACAAUCCCUGAGAAACCGACUCUGUGUCUUCUUGCCUUAUAUUACAAAUAAAGUUCUAUACAAUAGAAAAAAAAAAUCCAUACAAAGAGAUUCUCUGGCAUCUUAGGAGCCUAAUGAGUAGGUGAAUCCAGAGCAUGUGCAAGUGAUUAUGAUCUGUUUGAAGAGCUGUAAUUUCCUAGUUUUGCCAGUGUGCAUUUUCAGAGAUGGCAUUUGUCCCAUCACUUGCCCUGGGGCGUCUGCUGAAUAACCACAGCACAACCUGGCUGUGGGGCUUUGUGCUUAGCCUACAGCCACAUCUGUAGAUGUUAGCUCUGUGAGGAAAAGAGCAGGCCUUCAGAAAAGCCACUGUAGUCACAGAAAUAUUCUUGUGCUUGAGGCUCAUCUGUAGGUUCAUCUGUAUUCAUGCACUGUCUUGCAAUUUCAUGCUAUGACUUUGUUGACCUUGUGUUUUUUAUUGGACAUUAGUCUCCUUAGUUCCUCACAGAGAAUAUAUAAAAUCCAAUACGCAAAUAAAGCCUUGUGCUUUAAAACAUCAGCAGAGUUCAUUUCUCUGCUGUAAAAUGAAAUCACCUGAAAAAAGGGGGGAUUGUACUGUUUUCUAGAAUAGGAAGGGUCUGUAAGGGCUUCUGAAGUUUAGCAGGAGAUGGUGUCCCACCAUCACCUCCUCCACUGAAUCAAGAAUUAGUAGCUCCCUUUGGAGAAGGGUAAGGAAAUUUAUUUUUUCACCAGUCAGAACAGGUUUUCAGUGGGUAACUAGGUGCUGGAGCUCCCCCAGAUGUGACUAGCACUGGGUGUUUGUAGUACACUCUAACUUCUUUUUAUCCAGCCUAAAUAAAAUUUUUAUCCAGUCUAAAUACUGGAGCUUUCUUCCCAAUAUGAAGACUGUAACACAGCACUCCUCAGGGAUGUGUACAUAGGUACCUUCAGAGGUGGCAUGUUUUUAAGGACAGGGUUGACACAGUCAGGAGGGGCCCAGGACAGACUGUGGGAUAAAGCAGUGAAAAGCAUUUGGGCAGCAGGUAAGACAGCAGCAGGUACGUGUUUGGCUCUCGAGCAGCUGAACUGGAACAACCACUUCUCAAGUGGCUUUGGGGAAGAAGGGGGCAAGUCAGAUACCAAGUGACUCAAGAACCUGACAGCUGCCUUCAGCUACAGCUCUUGGGUUUCCUCAGAUUACAGGCUCCCUUUUUAAUCUGUAGCCAUGCUGAGAGUUACUGAGCUAACAUUAAAAGCUAUGCCAAAGAAUAAGGGAGCAAAUGUGGCUGUUGGAACUAUACACCCUGCCCAAUGUGUGCAACAUUAGAAGUAACUUUUCAACAGCAACACCAGUAAGGAAGGGAAAAAGUGGGCAGUCAAGAGAAGAGGCCAGAUCUAGUGACCAGAAAACAUGAGACACUGGGGCAAUGCUGGCUUAAGAAAAAUAAAUAACUGACCGACCUCUCAAGGUUUCAGUUUGAGAAAACAGCUGGUCUGAUGCAACUAAAGAUACUCUUCCUGUGCCAUAGCAGCAGAGAAGACCUUCUAAGUCUAUUAUACAAGGAUUUAAAUGCAAUAGUAAACACUUCUAUGAAAAGAGGAGUUGAAGUUCAUAAACCGUUAAGAAAACAAAUAUAUGUUAGGGCUCUUUCAGAAGGAGGUACUGAACUACCUAGGAAAUAAUAGAUACCUGGAGCCAGUGUUCAUUUGCCACUUGUGAUCUCAACUUUUGCCAAAGCCACUCAAAGUUUUAACUCUGUGAUGAUAAUACUGUAUUUAAUCUUCAGUGAGGUGAAGUUAAUGAUGCAGCCCCUAUCAGAUACAGCUGCUAGGUUGUUGAACCACAGUGCCCUUGUCAAUGUGCACUCCAUUCUUUUAUGGGGCUGUGUUGUGGGGCUGCUGCCUCCCCUAGGAUUCCCCAUGUCCUGUAGAUCAGUACUGAAAGGACUCAAAAAAUAAGUAUGAGAAGAGCCUCCCUACUGAAACAGAUAUACAGAUGUAGAAAGGUUAAGACAGAAAUGGUAGGACACAGACAAAUAAUGUAUAAAAACAGAAGACCAAAGUUGUACAUGUCAAUCUCUUGAUCUUUAAUUAAGUGUUUCCCAUGUUGCUAAUUAAAGGCAUCCCAAGCAGUCCUUGA